AGUUUAUUUAUUUGUGACAGUUUUGACAUAUCUACAAUUAGCCGCAACGAAAAGGUUUUGGAUUUUCUUCAAAGAAUAACAAAUAAACCUUUGGUAUAUAUAGCAUUAACCCAAAUUGCAUCAGCCAUGUCUGAAUCCUAUGAAUAUUUGUUCAAAUUCUUAGUGAUAGGAAGUGCGGGUACAGGAAAAUCAAGUCUUCUUAACAAUUUUAUUGGCAACAAAUUUAAAGAAGAUCGAUGUCACACUAUUGGGGUAGAAUUUGGAUCUAAGAUUAUAAAUAUUGGAGGCAAAUCGACAAAGCUACAAAUAUGGGAUACAGCCGGUCAAGAAAGGUUUCGUUCUGUUACACGAUCAUACUACAGAGGAGCUGCUGGAGCAUUACUUGUUUAUGACAUUACAUCUCGUGACUCUUUCAACGCUCUAUCUAACUGGUUAAGGGAUGCUCGUACAUUGGCAAGUCCUAACAUAGUCAUACUACUUGUCGGUAAUAAAAAAGAUUUAGAGGAAUCACGGGAAGUUACUUUCUCUGAAGCUAGUCAAUUUGCCCAAGAUAAUGAACUGAUGUUUCUUGAAAGUAGUGCAAAGUCUGGGGAGAAUGUUGAAGAAGCAUUCUUGAAAUGUUCAAAAACAAUUCUUGCUAAAAUUGAGACUGGAGAAUUAGAUCCUGAAAGAAUAGGUUCUGGGAUACAGUAUGGAACAGGAACCUCUAAGAGAUUAUCAGCACCAAAGAAGACUGUAAGGGCACCAUCAGAUUGUGCUUGCCAUGUGUAGCGUGUUUUAAUUAUAAGAAUAAGUAAUCAAAAAAAAAAAUCCUUAAUUGGAGUCAUAAUUUUCUCUAUCUUUGAAUGUGAUGUACUUUGUUUACAACAUUUAGUUACUAAGUAAAACUAGAAUUUAGAUUUUGAAUUAUAAAUUCAAAAAUUACUCGAACUAUUCAGAAUGUAUUUUAGGGAGGAGAAUCUUUUUUUUAAUAUUAACAUAGGUAAGAAGUGUAAACAUUAGUAAAUUAUUAUUAUCAAUAUUAUUGGGGAAAAUAUAACAUAUAAUUACACUUCAUGUAAUUUAGACUUCAGCGCCACUAAAUAUAUUUUUUUUCAUAUCUGACAUGGUAUUUUUUUUAUUUAUAGCAAUGUUUAUUUUAUUUGAAAUUAAUUUUAUCAUAAAAUAUCAUUAACUAGCUUUUGUUCUAUGCACAGGCAAACCAAUUGAUAGUUAAAGAAUCCAAGUUACACUAGUUAAUAUGUAGCAUGAAAAAUGCUAUGUUACUUUUAAUUUAUAUUCAUAAUGAUAUCAUGAUUUUUAAACAAUGAGAUCUUCUUAUUUACAACAAAUAAUGAUUUUGAAGUCGGGUUGUGUUUACAAUUCUUUACUAAGUGUCAUAAAUACUUGGAACUAAAGCACUCUGAUUGCUGUUUUUAGAUUAAGACAUUUUUAACUAUAUAAAUUAACUAUAAACAGUAAACCUUCUAGCUUAUAACUCAGGUGCAAUCAAUUGGCUUGAAAUUUUGUGCGAAACUCUUAAUAAACCAAAACAUAAUAUUGAGGUAGGCAUCUAGUACAUUUGUAUAAUAUAUUCUCACAAGUAUUUUAUGUUGUUUUGGCUUAGGUACAUUUGAAAACAAUGGGCAAAAAUAAUUUCGUCGCGAUUGGUCUUUUAUUUUAUUUUUUAAUUUAUAAUCUUUAUAUACUAAUUUUGAAAGAUCUCAAAAUGACUCAUUAUGUACUUUUAUCUAUAUCAAGGUCAUAUAUAAAUAGUCAAGUAGUUCUAAAAUAUUUAUUGUUGUUGUUUGUAUGACUUUGGACUUUAUUUUUAUGAGAGAAAUAUAAGUAAACCAAGUGAGAAGUUCAAAAAGGUAAUUAUUAUUACUGGUGUUAAAAUACUUUUUAAAAUUUGUAAUCAAAAACAUAAUUGUAAUUUGAAAGUGUCACCUGUAUUUUUAUGACAAUAAAGAAAUAUUUCUUUUCCGGA